AUGUAUCAUCUUUACAGUGUGGCGUACACGGUAAUUUGGAUCAUACAAUUCUUAGGUCUGCAGAGAUCUACUGGUGGAUUUGACAAGGUAUCCAGCUCAGUUGUAUAUGGGGUCUAUACCUCUUAUUUCAUCGACAUUAUUGCACUCGGACUCCUCUUCAUCGCCUCCGGCAUCCUCCUCAUCGGUGUGUUCAAGAAUUCCAAAUGCCUCCUGAUCCCAUACAUGGUGGCUAUUACAGCCCUCGUUGUAUUCCAAGCUAUUGCGUGGUUCCUUCAUCUGUUCACCUGGUAUAAAAUAAACGAAUCCUUGACAACAAAUCUAAUUAUAAGUCUCAUUGCAUGGAUUCUACUAGCAUUUGUAAAUGUGAUAUGUCUUCUUUGUGUCAUUUCUGAGUACCAAAAACUAAGUGAAGAUCGUGGCCACCGACCUGUCCCCAUGUAA